GUUUAAAUAGUUGUCCCCAUUCCCAAGAAAACCUCGCGGGUUUAAAUAUAAAGUUUCCUUCCACAGCCCAGAAAAAUUAGCCAACCAUUAAUCGUCCAUUUUCGCAACAUACUUAAAUCAUAAUGGCAACGGAACAACCAAAACCAGCAACUGUAGAUGUGAAAAUGGAUCUGUUUGAGGACGAUGACGAAUUUGAAGAGUUUGACAUUGAUCAAGAGUGGGAGGCGAAAAAGGAAGGGAAAGAAGCUACCCAGCAGUGGGAAGACGACUGGGAUGAUGAUGAUGUCAAUGAUGACUUCUCUCUACAACUGAAAAGGGAACUGGAAAGCAACACGGAGAAGAAAUAACCAAACCUUCACAGGAUUGUUUCUCUUUCUCAAGAUUUGACCACAGAUUUCUGUUCGGGUUCAUAUAUUUCCCAUUAUGGUAGUACUCUUUGUUUCACCAAACGCGAUGAACCUUAGUCUGAUAAAUCUGGAUGCUCUUAAUCUGUAAUGCUGUUCUCUAUGAACAUAGUU